UGGCACGGGUGCGAGGCGUCUGCGACGGUGGUUGACGGGGGCAACGCGAUUGUGUGCGCGGUGCCGGGCAACAUGCCGACGAACAUCACGGCGACGGGGCCGGACGGCAGCCAGGCCGUGCGGGUGACGGUGCGGGUGUGGCACGCGCAAUACGCGGGCGGCAGCGGGGACAGCGCGUGCCAGUCGCACGGCGGAGAGCCACCGGCGCUGUGGGACCAGCACGACUACGUGGUGGCGCACCACAGCUGCGGGUGCCCGCCCGGCGUCGGCUACGUCGAGUGCGAGGAGCCCGACAUGUGCCGCACGCACCGCUGCCUGGCGCACCCGCGGGCGGCGUGCGAGGUGAGCCACUGCGGCGUGUGCGCGGUGCGGUUCUACGCGGAGAAGCGCAGCUCGUACGAGGGCGUGGCGCCGCUGGACUGCCUGCCGCGCGACAAGUGCACGGGCGAGUGCCGCAAGGAGUUUGAGGCGUGCUCGCAGUACACCGGGUGCAGGGAGGCGCUGUACCGGCUGGUGGACGAGCGGGCGUCGUCCGGCACGUGCAACGGCACAUGCCACGAGCGGCUGGCGGUGCCGACGGAGCCCGGCCGCACGCUGUUUGACCGCGUGUGGUCCUGCUACCGCACGUGCGAGGAGCGGGAGACGGUGCACACGGUGUGCGCGCUGCCGCCGCGGGCCGGGCAGUGCAAGGGGCGCAUGACGCGGUGGUACUUUGACAGGAUCACGGGCAAGUGCCGGCAGUUUGCGUAUGGCGGGUGCGGCGGCAACGGCAACAACUUUGAGACGAGGGAGGCGUGCGAGCAGCGGUGCGAGCUCGGGGCGUGCUGCACGCGGCGCACGGUGCUGGACGACGUCGGGUACGACGCCAACGGGUACGACCAGUUUGGGUACGACCGGCGCGGGUAUGCGCGGGACGGGUUCUCGCGGCGGCCGUGGACAUACGCGGAGUUUGUGCGAAACACGUUUGACCUGUUUGGGCUGGACGAGCGCGGGUACGAUCCGCGCGGGCUGGACGGGUCUGGGUUCUCCGAGCCGCGGCAGUGCAUCUACCAGGGCCGGCGGUACAACUACGGCGAGACGUUCCGCUUCGCCUGCCAGUGGUGCGUGUGCGGGACAGACGGGGCGGUGACGUGCCAGUGCACGCCGCGGCGGCGCCGUGAGAUAAGGGACCUGACGCUUGACGAGGUGCAGACGUACAUUGACGCCAUCUGGCGCUUGUACAACAGUGGCAACAGGUGGAACGAGUUUGUCAACAUGCACCUGAGCGCAUCUGCUUCAGCACACGGCAACCCAAGUUUCCUCCCCUGGCACCGAGAAUACAUGAAUCAACUAGAACUUGCGCUGCGGGAGGUGACUGGCAACUGCGAUUUCACGCUGCCCUACUGGGACUGGACAAUCGACAGCAGCUCGCCCGAGACCUCGCCUGUGUGGAAUCUCGUGGGUGGCGACGGUACCGGUGAGAAUCAGUGCAUUGAAGAUGGCCCGUUUGCGACAUUCAGCCCGUGCAUCAGCCGAGACUGGGAUCGGUCUUGGCACAUACCUUCCUUUGCAGACGUGACCAACGUGCUGUCCAACGAUGAUUUCCGCACGAUGGCGACGCGACUCGAGGGCAUCCAUGGCAACACACACACUUGGAUUCGUGGCCUCAUGUCCACUUAUUCUGCACCCUAUGACCCUGUCUUCUAUUUACAUCACGCAUACGUCGACAAGCAGUGGUACGACUGGCAAGUCGUGCUCGGAAACGGCAAUAAGUACCCUGAAGAGCUGCUGCACAACACGAUGGAUCCGUUUCCCAAGACGCCGGCAGACGUGCUUGACAGCGAGGGCCAGCUGUGCGUGGUGUACGAGCCGCCUGGCCGCACGCCGCCCUGCAACGAGGCGCUCUUUGGCGGCACGUUUGAGACAAAGGGGUACUACGCACCCGGUGCCCGGCCGCAGUACGACCGCGACGGCUACGACAGGGAUGGAUAUGAUGAGAAUGGACUGGACAAGCUUGGGCGGAACCGGGAUGGGGUGCGUGUUGGCGGGGUCACUGCGACGGGGUUCAACACGGCCGGAGUGGACAGCCGCGGGUGCAGCAUCAUGCAUCCGAUGCCGCUGUACAUGCGCGACGUGUUCCAGGCGCAGCGGGAGCUGUACCGGCGCAUCCAGGCCAACGCAUAUGUGCAGCCCGCGCGCACGUGCAGCCCACUGCAGCCGCUGCCGGCGUGGUGGAAGGCGUCCAUGUGGAUGUCGCGCGGCGGGCUGUACGGGGCGAUCAUGGAUGCGUACGAGGCGUACCUCGAGGAGGCGCUGGUGAGGCAGCCGGACGAGUGGCAGCGGGACAGGACGCAGUCGCAGCCGUCGAUCCUGGAGGACCUGUGCUUUGCGGCGGACGACCUGACGCUGCGGCAGGACGACAGCUGGCGGCCGGGCGACGACUACCAGUGCCCGCCCGGCUUGCCGCGGCAGAACUGCGAGUGGAACCCCUGUGCGAAUGCGACGUGCCCCGGGUCGCCGGACGCUACGUGCUGGGUGAACCCCUGCGGACGGUGCCGGCCCGAGUUCUACCGGGAGGACGGGUCGCGUGCGCGCUGCUACUCGACGUGCCCGGUGGAGGAGGGCACGUGCACGUUUGACCCGUGCGCGUAUGCGACGUGCGAGGCCAACCCGGAGGCCGUGUGCGAGACGAGCCCCUGCGGCGGGUGCGAGGUGGAGUGGAGCGACCCUGAGACGGGCGAGCCGGUGACGUGCGAUGUUGAGCCGGACUCGUGCGCUGCGCAGGGCCAGACGUAUGUGUGCGGGGAGGACGGGCAGACGUACGACAACGUGUGCUAUGCGCGGGAGGCUGGGGUGAAGAUUGCGUACGGGGGGCUGUGCGUUGCGUGCGAGCGGCUGUGCCCGCCGGAGGGGAUGGCGGCCAAGGCGUGCGGCGAGGACUGGCAGACGUAUGCGUCUGUGUGCCACGCGCGGUGUGCCGGGGUGAAGGUUGCGUACACGGGGGCGUGCCGGCCGCUGCCUGUGACGUGUGAGCAGGUGAACUUCUUCAAGGCGUCUGACGCGGGGCGGCAGCAGCUGUGCAACGAGCACACGUCGUGCCUGACGACGGUGGCGCGGAGCGCGGACAACCGGUGUUUCUGGAACGAGGACACGCGGCGGUGCAGCUGCCAGCCGUCGGACGUGGUGUGCACGGCUGGUGCGCACGAGUGUGCGCGGUGCUGCAACGACGACCUGCGGCGGUGCCUUCGCUGGGGGCAGGACAGCGUGGACACGUGCUGGCGGGAGGCGUACGUUGCGUGCACGGUGCAGUGUGCGGAGGAGUACGAUGCAGCCAAGCUGCCGGUAGCCGCGGCCUCUGUUGGCAGUGUUGAUGAUGGCGAUGGCGGCGAUGGCGGCGAUGGAGGGAUUAACAUCUUCCUUGGAGGUGUGGACAUGGUGCACAGCGGUAACGACACGAACAGCACUGCGCCUGGCCCCACUGGCCCGCUGGACACGGUUGUGUUCCGUGUUGGGCUGCGCGGACGCCCGAGCACGACGAUGGACGCGGCGCAGUUUGCGGAGGCGACGAGCCUUGCUGUUGGGCGGGCGUCGUUUGUGCCGUCGGCGAUGCGUGUAGUUGGGGCGAGCGCGAUGGCUGCGGAGCGGCUGGGCAACGCCACGGCCGGGGUUGAGCUUGAGGUGAACGCGGAGAGCAGCGACGGGUACGCGGUGCAGGCUGCGCUUGAGGCCGCGGUGGUGGAGGGCCGGCUGGCAAAGGAGGUGGCCAUCUACACCGGCAGCGCCACCACAGACGACGUCAUGCUGAUUGGCGCCGUUCAAGUACACGCUGUGCCGCGCCCUCCAGAUGGCCCCUCAACCCCGUUUCCGACCACCACGGAUGGCGGUGGUGGCCAUCCCCGUCCAAGGAAGGGAGGCGUGCCACCUGGCGUUUUGACUGGUGGUGCCGUUGGCGGCAUUGUGUUUAUUGGUGUUGUUGUUGCCCUUGUUGUGUUGUUCAAGCACCGUGCUAACCGCAGCGCUUCCAACAAGGUUGGCGUCUCUCCCGUGAAAAUGUGAUGAGACGUUGUCGCAUACAUGAAACAGCCAUCUUGAUGAUGUUGCACAUUUCUCUUGUUCGUACCUGAUGCCUUGUCUCACAUGUUGUGUGAAGGUUAGAUGAUGUGCGUCCUUAUCGGUUUUUGAAUUGGCUUACGUGGUUGUCCAUCAUGUUUACUGUUGUGUGCUUCGAUGGACACUGUACGCACGGCGUGCAUCUCUCGUUGUCUCGUGCGCUUGCGUGCGUGCUUGUGUACUUGCGUGCCUACGCUCUGUUCAUAAACGCACAGCCACCCACUCACUCGUUCCAGG